UCCUGGAUACACCGGGGUACCGUGGUACACAAUGGAGUCGGACGUACAUAGACAUGACUGGCUUGAAUACUAGUUAGAAGCCUCGACGCCUUUGAAAGCACUAGCUAGUUUGAGUAACGUUACCGGUAUUAUGAAAUAACCGCGCAGGUUUAAGCGAAACAGUGACGGUGACACCUCCCACAGGCGACUUGACUUGAAAGUAAAAGUGUGCUGAGUAACUGCAGAGUUCACCUGCCGUGCUGUAUCAGCGCUGCUGUCUUUUUUUUUUUUUAAUAUAUACCAGUGCUUCUCUUCUGACUGUCCUCUGCAUUUUUUUCUAUCCCUUUGUCUGAAAGAGCAGUGAAAUAGAAACCGUCCGAUAACCACCAAGGAAAAUGUCAGAGGUCAACAUGCCAAAGCGAAAAGAGAAGUGUGAGAACUGCACCAAACAGUGCAACAAGAAACAGAGUGAUGAAGGUGCCAACUCCCACCAGGAGAGAGACGAAGUCAAUGGACAGGAGCAUGAAGGAUCCCAGUUGCUGCUGAGUGCCUGCCUAUCCUGUGAUGGCUGUCUAUCAGAGGAGGAGAGCCUGAAGAUCUCUCAGCAGAGUCUGGAGGAAGUGGAGCGCGUUCUGGCACUCAAUAAGAAGUGUGACGUGUCGAAGCACAAGGUACUGGUAGCGUCGGUGUGUCCACAGUCGCUGCCUUUCUUUGCUGUCAAGUUUGGCCUGGACAUCACGGAGGCUGCCCACAAACUCUGUGCCUUCCUCAAGAGUUUAGGAGUGCAGUAUGUGUUCGACACCACUCUGGCAGCAGGCUUCAGCAUCUUAGAGAGUCAGAAGGAGUUCAUUCAGAGGUUUCGCAGGAGGCACCACGACUCCCACGCCUUGCCCAUGUUCACCUCCUCCUGCCCAGGGUGGAUCCGCUAUUCCGAGCGUGUCCUGGGCAGUUUGGUCACCCCUCAUAUCUGCACAGCCAGGUCUCCUCAGCAGAUCAUGGGCUGUCUGGUCAAAGACUACUUCUCUAAACAGCAGAAGCUGAGUCCAGAGAAAGUCUACCACGUGUUUGUGGCUCCCUGCUUUGAUAAGAAGCUGGAGGCUGUCAGAGAGGAGUUUUACAACAGCCUGCUGGAGACCAGAGAUGUGGAUUGUGUCCUCACCUCAGGGGAGAUCUAUUACCUGAUGGAGCAGAGGAAGGUUUCAGUGGAGGAGCUGGACUCAGUUCCACUGGACCAUGUGCUGGGAGAGACUGGAGACGCGGCGCUGGUGAGGCACGAGGGCCGAGGUUCUGAAGGCUUCCUGGAACACGUCUUCAAACAUGCUGCCAAAGAGCUCUUUGGUCUGGACGUCCAUGAGAUCACAUACAAGACCCUCAGGAACCGGGACUUCCAGGAAGUGACUCUGGAGCGGGACGGGGAAACUCUGCUUCAGUUUGCUGCUGUUUACGGCUUCAGGAACAUCCAGACUCUGGUUCACCGAAUGAGGAAGGGCCGUGUGCCUUACCAGCUGGUGGAGGUGCUCUCCUGCCCAGGAGGGUGCUUGAGCGGCCGCGGUCAGGCAGCCAGUGACGUGGAAGGCCGGCUGGAUAAAGCCCUGGUCCAGCAGAUGGAGGAGGCCUACAGCAGCCUGCCGGUCCGUCUCCCAGAGGUCAACCCCACCCUGCACACCCUCUAUCAGGACUGGCUGCAGGGCCAGGACUCCCCGCAGGCCGGCACACUCCUGCACACCCAGUACAGAAGUCCGAUCAACACACAGCCCCCACACAUGCAGUGGUGAGGAGAAACGGCCUGUUUUACUUUGAAGACAUAAUGGGGGGGGGGGUUGUCUCUGGUUGAUUCUGAUUCUGCUUGGACCAUCUCAUCAUUCAUGCUGGCACCACAAAGGACAAGCCAAGGGCCAGGCUGCACUUCGGACGCCCCCCAGUAUCAAUUGGUGCAAUUCCUCUGUUUAGCCACAGGGGGGUGAUGUCUGUCUAUUUAACAUUGGUGGAUCUCCUGUGCCAAACCCUGAGGCUGAGGAGCAAUGAAGAUCCAGAUUCCAGAAAAGCACACAGGUCUACAUUAUAUGCGGAGUGAAGCAGUGAUGUCACUAAGCUGUGGCUAAUAGUUAACAAAAACAGGUACAGGAUCAGGUGGGGGCUUGGAUCUGCGCUGCUUCAGAGUAGAGUGGAGAAAGUACCGCAAUUUUAUUAUUCAAAACUACUUCACGUCUCACUCACCGGUAAGCAAACACCUAGUCUAUAUUCACGACGUUCCACUUCCAGGAUUGCUCCGGUGCUGCAGGCAAUUCCUCCGGAUCACGCUCUUUUCGCUCGGAUGUCCGUAACCUUCCGCUUUCUUUGUGUUAUGUUGUGUGUGGAUUUCUGAGGACUAUGGUUAACUGCUCCUCAGAUCUCUGCAGAGUAAAUCUAGACAGCUAGCUAGACUAUCUGU